CAGAUCGCUGCACUCUGCGGUAGAUCGAAGACAUGCUGGAGGAGAAGCUCAAGAUUAUCCAGGCCUCGGGCCCGAUUCACCGAUCGAUCGGGCGAGCUGACUAGAAGCGCCAGGACCUGUGGAGAGGCUGGUUGUAGUCUCACAGAAGGCAGCACCGUGGAGAAGCGGCAGAGUGGAUUGAAUAGGGUUGGGGGUUUGAGGUCGGGGCGGGGUCGGGGUUGUGUUUCCCGGUGUAGCUCAUGGCGAGGUCGAUUGCGGGGACAGCAGUUUGGUGCUGUCCCUCCAAAAUCGCUCCACAACCGUCUCUGUCGCGGCCCUCUUGCCCUCUUGUCUCUUCGCAGCUGUCAUUGGGAUCGAAGCAGGCACUGAUAUUUGUCGGCCAUUUGCGUCCUGAAGCCCUACUUCCCGGUCCGAGUGUUGAACGCCCGAAGAUUUGCCUGUCACACAUUGUGGAUUGUCAACAGCGGCAAGAGAAAGAAGGUCUAGUAGGAACGACAAGUGAGACUGGCAUCAUUCAGAGUAGAAAAAAUAAAAUUGGAGAUGGCACCAAGUUCCUUGCUGUUACAGAGGGAGUGUGUAUUGUGGUUGCUGGUGCUUCGUAUACGGCCUCUGUCAUACAAAAAAGCCAACAGACAGCAAUUGUUGCAUCAUCACCCGCCGUUCAUCGGUUUUUUUCAAAGUUUGGAGACCUUUCAUCAUGGCAAGUUCCUGCCUUGUGGGCUGCACUCGUGAUCAAUGCGUUUUUGAGAUCCAUGCAAAUGCGGUCAUCAUCAUCGGACAGACCCCAGAUAAAGUGGGAGGAGAAGAGUAUCAAAGACUUUACAGUGGACCAAAGGAUUGGAAAACUGGAGGAUGAUGUUCAGAGUGUGGCAGCAAUUGCACGCAUGUUAUCACGGCACUUAGAGAAGCUCGGUGUGCGAUUUCGGGUGACUAGAAGGACAUUACGAGACCCAAUACAAGAGACUGCCAUGCUAGCUUUGAAGACGUCGGAAGUUGUCAGUGCGUUAGCAUCACGGGAGGAUAUGCUUGAGGCUGAGCUUCGUGAAACUCGAAAAGAGCUUCGUGAAACUCAGGAGAUUCUCGUUUCCAUGCAGGCGUCUCAAGCAAAGCAACUACAGCUUUUAGUUACCGCAAUGACUCAGACUGUGAAAUCUCAGAAAGCUCUUGAAGGAAAAAUUUCCAGGGAGUCCACGAGAAGGCUAGCUGGAGCAACAAACAAACUGACGAGUACAGAUAUUGGUGCUCCCGUCGCUAAAAGGAAGAGCAUUGCAUCCGAUGAAAGUAGGAAGUCUAAUUUUGCUGAUAGUUUGGGAGGAUUAAGAAAGAGCGUGACGAAACAGAAGGAGACACCCAUGAAGACUAGAUUGUCCGGUGCACAAGUUGUCGACGCAGAAAAGGCCGAGCUAAAGAAAGAACUCAUUGGGGACAGUAAGAAUAGACACGUCGAGGCCCCCCCUGUCGAGCAGAAGCCUGCAAAGAAGAAUGCCGCAUUCAAGCCUGAUACGAGCUUCACUAAAGAGGACUUUUGGGCUAAUACGCCUUCUACAUCAGCAGCAGAUCUUACUGUUGAACAUGAAGUCGUUGACUACAUAACCAGCUCGGAGAGGACCACAGACGCUGUAUCCAGAUACUCGGACAGCCCCCAAACUAGUGGUAGGCUUGAUUCAUUUUCCAGUGGUCGAAACAAUAUCAAUGGUUUCCAAGGUCCCAUCAACCUGUCUACCCAGGAUUAUCACAACCCAGGAAUCAGCUCAAUACACCAAUUAAGUGGAGAUUACAGUUUCGGUAGUGGAAGACAUAGGGAUAUGGGAUUUGGUUUCAAUGGGGAUAUUGGAAUUGGCAAGGACAAGUGGUCCUCGUCUGAGACUUCUCAUGAGGUAGGACUUGGUGGAAGUCUUCAGGGCGACGUCAACAGUUGGUCGAACAUGAGUGCUGGAGAUGUCUCUCCCGGUUCCGGUUCCACUUCAGGUAGUCCACGUCACAAUAAUUGGUCUAGUACAAGUGCUUGGGAUGUUGCCUCUGGUUCCGGAAGCCCCCGACAGAAUAGCUGGACAAACUCGAGUGCUUUGGAUUGUUACUCUGGUUCGGGAAGUCCACGUAUGGGAGAGGGGAUCAUAAAUUUUUGUCAAGCAGGAUUUGUGGAUACUGACUUCAUGAGAGACUUUAAAGACGGAUAUAAUUCGAGCUGAAGGAAAGAUGAGAGUUUAACUUAUUGUGCAUCAUUACUUGCAACGGACGUGGAGUCUUUCAAGCUAGCUACACCUUCACCGGUGACGUGAUUGUUGCUUCCUGAUGUGAUCAUUACAAUCAUACACGAGCUUCAAAAUCGGCCAUUCCAUGAGAUUUAUGGCUACCUAUGAUAUACUUGAUUUGAAAUCUCACAUAAGGUGGCAUCAAAUUGAUCACAACUUGGAAGUUCAGACUCGGCCAGUUGGAACAAGCUCUUAAUUUGGAUAACGUUGCAGAGAUUGGAAAAUACGAGCAUAUUAAGCUUGAGUUUAUGACCUGCAUCCUAUGUACUUGGUAGAUGGUCGGGGUAUUUUCUGCUUAACACAGAAUAAUUUCUAUCUUUCACAUCACUAGGUUUUUGUCACUUAUUUCGCAUCCAAUGAUAAGAGUCACUUAUCGUCGAAGAAAAGAUUGGUCCAAAAGUAAAGAGUAGAGAUGGAUGCACGUGUAUGCGGAGGCGAUAAUUUUUCAGUUGAAUGAUACGUAAAUGUUGUUUGGAGUGCAUGAUGGAAUGACAGUAAUUACAGCAUAUACAUCACAGGCUUUUAUUGGGACCGCAACCUUUUCGGAAAACUCUGCGAGUAGAUUGGAUUCCUCUCAUGGCGUGACUCAUUUUGUGUCAUCGUUUGAAGCUGAGCGAGUUUAUAUCAUAGAUCUUACGAGUAUGAACCUUUUGUAUACUGUGAAGUCAUAGUGCAAUGCGUACUCUUGCAGGGAAAAUCGGAAAUAUCUAGAAACUACGACUUCACUUACUAUCACGUUCACCUACAACAACAGACUUUGGUCGAGUAACUGUGUAUUUUAUUAUGGGCACAUCAACUAUACAUUUUAGCAUGUAGAUUUUCAAAAUAUUUUCUGUUUUAGCAUCUUUUACCUUUCUUAAACAUAUUGAUUUAAGUG